ACUUGUACGAAGCAUCCACUUAGCUACAACAUCGAUGGUUGUACAACUCCUAAACUUGUACGAAGCAUCCACUUAGCUACAACAUCGAUGGUUGUACAACUCCUAAACUCUCCUCCCUCUAUAAGCCAAGCAGGAGCUGAAGGUACGCCGACCUUGUGGAGGGGUCGCUGCUCUGGCGUGUCGAGACUACCAUGGACUGUUGUAGCAAACGCCGGCUACUGACCGUCAUGACCAGCGUCUGUGCAUGUGCCGCCUUUGGUCUGCUCAGCAUAUCUGUGGCAACGGAUUACUGGCUGUUUACCAAAGAAAGAUUCCAACAAAAUAAAUCAAUACCCGCCUUUUAUCGGAGUGUUUAUUCGGGGCUUUGGAGGCGCUGUAAAUAUGAUAAUGAACACAAGCCUGCAGAGUGUUCUUAUAUUCAAUAUUUUACGAAUGAAGACAGAGACGGGCUGGGACCAACAGAUGCUAUCCUAUUAAACAUACGUCAGGCUACCAUGUUCCCACUGGUCAGUAUUCUCAUUCUUCUCAUCGGUGGAAUCAUGUGCUUCAUCGGCCACUGCAACGACAAUAAGAAAAUAUUGACCUUCGUCUCUGGAAUUUUAUUUGUUUUAGCAGGCCUCUGUACGCUGGUUGGCAUCAUACUGUACAUCGGCAGCAUCACGGGUGAAGUUGGCAACAAGUCUAAGACGUCUAUAGAAGAGCCGCGUUUCCUCUACGACUACGGAUCUUCUUUCUUCAUGGCCGUGGGCUCGUUUGUCCUGACCGAGCUGUCAGGUGUUUUCUCCGUCUACCUGUACAUCUCCAAACAUAAACACUCCCAGCGGGUCAAGCGGCUGGCCCUCAAGUCUGAACACAACGACAGGAACCACCAGGCCGCCCGGCACAUCAGGAGGAUGCCUCGUGAGAACUCGCGGGAUCGCACGCAGUCACGUGACAGAUCUCGUGAGCCGUCGGCCAGUCGCUCAGAGAGCUACUUCACCUACACGCCCAUCUCAGACACCUCCCACGAGCUGUCCAACUACGCCUGCCCACGCUCCAACACCAACAACACCAUCUCCACCACGGCGGAGUUCCACGCUCCCAACUCAGCCGCCACAAGUUCCACCAUGCUAAGGUCUGGCUCCCCACCGUCUGUGGUACCAUCUAUAGAUAUCGUUCGACGCACCACUCCAGUGUGA